UUUUUUUUUUACCGGGGGCAUUUUGUACAUUUGACGGGAGGUUUAAACCCGGAGCGUUUGAGCAUGGCAGAUGAGCAAGAAAUUAUGUGCAAACUCGAGAGCAUCAAGGAGAUCAGGAAUAAGACUUUGCAGAUGGAAAAAAUAAAGGCCCGGCUGAAAGCGGAAUUUGAAGCCCUGGAGUCUGAGGAGCGGCACCUGAAGGAAUACAAGCAGGAGAUGGACCUGCUGCUGCAAGAGAAGAUGGCCCAUGUGGAGGAGCUGCGGCUGAUCCACGCUGACAUUAACGUGAUGGAGAAUACUAUCAAACAGUCCGAGAACGAUCUCAACAAGCUCUUGGAGUCUACCCGUCGCCUGCACGAGGAGUACAAGCCCCUGAAGGAGCACGUAGAUGCUUUGAGGAUGACUCUGGGGUUGCAGAGGCUGCCAGAUCUCUGCGAGGAGGAAGAGAAACUGUCCCUGGACUACUUUGAAAAGCAGAAAGCAGAAUGGCAGACUGAACCCCAGGAGCCUCCCAUCCCAGAGUCUCUGGCUGCAGCUGCAGCAGCCGCCCAGCAGCUGCAAGUGGCUCGGAAACAAGACACCAGGCAGACAGCAACCUUCAGACAACAGCCACCUCCCAUGAAGGCGUGUUUAUCCUGUCACCAACAAAUUCAUCGGAACGCCCCCAUAUGUCCACUCUGCAAAGCCAAGAGCCGGUCCCGGAAUCCCAAAAAGCCCAAGAGGAAACAGGACGAAUGAAACCCAGAAGCCUGACGAGCAAACACGUGAGCAGUUCCAGUACUCUUCCAGUAGAACUGGACCAGACUUUGCUGAAGUGCAGACUCAAGUACGAUCGACCCGUUGUUUUCUAUUUAAUGCAAUGUAAGCACAAUGUUCCUGUUCUGUCCCAAUUUCCUUCCAGUCCUUAGGGAUUUGGGUUUAGGAAAGUAAGUAUUACUGGUGCUACAGUUUAACUUUCAAUCAUUCCAUCUUUUGGACUCCUAAAUGAAGUAGAAUUCUUAUGCAAGUAUCCUAAAUGCCAGGCUAUUCCUAUGGGCCAAAUGCGAUUACCAUAAAUGCUUUUACGUUCUCUUUUUAAAAGCAGUUACUAGAAGACUAUUCUGUUUACUCCUGAUAACAGGAGACUAUUUGAAGUACUGAAAUAGCAGACUGUUUGUUUCACUAAAGAAGAAUUUGUUUUCCGAUCUAGUAAAACCACAUAGGUUUAGGUAUCCAGUCGAGCUCUUUUUAUACAGGAAAUGUUCAGGAAAAAAAGAAAUUGGUUACACAGGAAAUCAGUGCACUAUGGACACACGUGAGUUUUGAUGUACAGGACUUUGAUUGUACCAUUCCCUCAAACUUGACUUAAAAUUUGGAAGGGGGAUCAAGUUGCCGGCUGUGUAUGAAUUUCUGAAAAUGAUGUCAUUUGUGAUGCUUUAACAUCUUAAUAUGGUAUUAUCUCCAGCACUCAGGAGACUGAUUGACCUGAGUACAGGCCUCAGAGGAACUGUAUUAGUGGUCCUCGAGGCUCUGUGGCCAGAGCCAGCUCACUGUGCUUCUCUAGGAAACAUGCAUGAAAUACCCCAAAUCUCUACGUGCCCAGACUGCCCAUCAGCCAUUCUGCACGGCUCCUGGUCCUGGGUUCCACAGCCCAAGUCUCCCCUGACAGACACAUCCUCCAUGGGAGCACAGGGGAGGUCAGUAACACACACCAGGAACAGCUUCACCUAAAAAUGAUGUAUUUCACCAGAAAUGCCUGGCUUUGGUGUCACCAUCCUCCCUCAACUAAAACUUCCUAAUUUUGUAUCUUUUAAUAGGUCAUUUUUAAGUGCGCUUUAUUUCAGCCUAGGUUUUUUUCUUUUUUCUCUACAUGUACAUGUGCCAAGAGAACCCUGACUACAGGAUCCUUUAGACCCUCCUGUACCCUCUUUUUUCACCCCAUGUAACAACAGUUCCUCCAACAGAGAGGACGACAGCGACCAAACUACAGACCCGGGGCUUAACACUCACUUCUGAUCCCAGCUUUGUCACCGCCUUUUUGUCUAAAUUGAUCUCAAGUAUUAAAUAUUCUUUUCACUAACUUCAGGAAGCAGGGACUGCCUGUUUACAUUCCUCUCCUUUUAGCCCAGGUUUUCCUCUACUUCUAUGCUAGAGUGGUUAUAUUGAGAACUUUGCUUUUUUAAAAAGGAAGAACAGGGAAGCCCCAAGUCUCUGGCCAGAACUUUGCCAAAUGCUGGGCACCAUACACAUCCACAUAAAUCAGUUUUGCUGGCCACAUCACAUACAUUGCCAUUAAUUUCCUAGCUCCACCAUAAAGCACAUAUUUCAUUGAAAAUAGCCCUAUAAUUUAUGCCAAGUUCAGCUGGUAUUCUCCCAUUUUAAUGUUUAAACAUCUGUCGAUGGCAGAGACAGAACACGAACCAUUCUAUCCUUAGGCAUGUUUUCUAAUGCAAGUUUUAAAUGUCAGAGCAGCCACACACUGUGUGCCCCGUUCAGAGCAAUUCCUGUUGGGUUUAAGGGAAAAUGCACAGAGUUGAAGGACAGUACAUGGACUCCCCCAAAGUGCAUGCACAAGAGCAGCAUACGUUGAUGAUGGUUGUAUGUAAAUUUAAGAAGUAGUGACAGUGGAGAAUGGGCGAAUGGUCUGCCAUGGAGCGGUGCGAAUAGAAGGACAGAUUUCUAGAAACUUCAACUCACCAUUCUGAGACAGAUAGGGAUAGUCGUAGCUGCUCUCCCUUCACUGGUACUUUGGCAGGUUCUUUCUUUCUUGGGAGAUCUCUGGAGCUCUAAACUUGGAUGCACUGUUUACUAAUUUAGUACGGCAGUUUUGUAUUUUUUACUUUUUUAAAGUAGUCUCUUGUGCCCUCGUGUUUAACAAGGUUUGUUUCUUUUUAAAAAAAAAAAAAAAUGUGAAUAUGA